CGAACUCUUUCUCAGAACGAGGACUUCCCAACCGAGAACGGAAUACCCAAACGACAACGAUUUCCUGGUCAUCAGAAAGCUGGCCGCGGCGCUUCUUGAAUAAGCUAGAAAAUCAGUGACGCUAUAGAAGAGCCCCACGUCAACAGCACCACUGGGACCUAUUCGAACUUCCGGCCCGUCUCAAGCAAAGCGCAAUUUGUGUCAGUCACGUCCGUCAGACUCUCAAAAGACACCAUUCGCGUUGGGACGAAGCCUAACUUUGACGCGAUGUUCAAAAAUACAUUCCAGAGUGGAUUCCUUUCCAUCCUGUACAGUAUCGGAAGCCAACCGCUCCAAAUUUGGGACAAAAAAUGCCGGAAUGGCCACAUCAGAAGAAUAACUGACAAGGAUAUCCAGUCAUCUGUUCUCGAAAUAAUGGGAACGAAUGUGUCUACCAUCUUCAUCGCAUGCCCUGGAGAUGAAAAGCAAACCUUAGGAAUAAAGCUUCCUUUCUUGGUCAUGAUCAUAAAAAACUUGAAAAAAUACUUUUCUUUUGAAGUACAGGUAUUGGAUGAUAAGAAUGUCCGCCGCAGAUUUCGCGCAUCCAACUACCAGUCGACAACUCGCGUGAAACCUUUCAUUUGUACCAUGCCUAUGCGACUUGAUGAAGGAUGGAAUCAGAUUCAGUUUAAUCUUUCCGAUUUCACACGGCGAGCUUAUGGAACAAAUUACAUCGAAACGCUCCGUGUCCAAAUUCAUGCAAAUUGCCGCAUCAGGCGCAUAUAUUUUUCAGAUCGUCUGUAUACUGAAGAAGAGCUACCGCAAGAGUUUAAGCUUUUCCUUCCAAUCCAGAAAUCUUAAUCGGAUGGGCCACGAAACAAUGCCAGAAGAAAGUGAUCGGUCUAAUGCCUUGACAGGCGAGACAUUGUGCACGUUGAACUUACGCCAACGAAGGGAACUUAGUCGAGUUUCAAGCAAGUCGCUAUAUAUUAUUUGAGGAAGCACGACAACUUUCUGUUCACCAGUUUCAAAGUUACGAAGGUACCUUCGAUUCGUUUGUACCUUCGCACGUACCUUCGAAUAGGAUCGAAGGUAGACUACCUUCGUUCGAAGCAGAAUAAUGUAGAUAUUCCAUAGUCUAUAACAUCAUGUAAUAAAUAAACUCUUCGUACGUACCAAA